CUAGAGGCCGGGAAGGUUUUAACGAUGGUGUGAAUGAUAAACCCUGCCGUGCUUGCACUGAUUUUAAGACAUGGGCUAAAAUGCAGAAAAAGACACUGGACUCUGAGAACGUAAUGUUUCACAGUGCGCGACAAAAACCCAUCACCGCCUCAGCAGCAAAGGACAGACUGUCCCCUGGACAGAGAUGAGUUAGGACGACAGACAUGGGGCUUCUUACACACCAUGGCUGCUUACUAUCCAGAUACACCAUCACAGAAGGAGAGAACUGAUAUGGCACAGUUCUUCACAUUAUUCUCCAAAUUUUAUCCUUGUGAUCAUUGUGCAGAAGAUUUGCGCCAACAAUAUGUUAACUACGUCCUCGACGCCGCAAAGACAGAUGCACAACAGCCGACUUCGUCUUUGGUUCCGGUAAAACCGCCUCCGUUACAUCCCUUCGUGAUAUGUUGGCGCUCGAGGACCAAAGACGUGCUGUGUGAUUGGCCAACGUUACUGCGAUAUGCUUCACCAGACUGUCGUACCCGUCGUACAGGAGAGAGGCGCAGUGAACUCAACAACUUUCGUGCAAGAUGGGCCCCACCGCACAUCGCUCGUGAAGGUCACCUGCUUCUUCGAAACACAUUUCGAAACGAUCGAAUUAUCAGCCGAUCGUUUCCAAAUGCUUUGCCGGCACGGUCACCUAAGAUUUCUUGUGAUGUCUGGUUGUGGGGCUACCUGAAGGACAGAGUUAGCAGCGGAACAUUUAGACAUGUGCUGAUCUGAAGCGCAACAUACCAAGAGAGUUAGCCAGCGUAUCUGCGGACAUGCUUCAUUCCGCUGUGCAAAACCUUGACACAAUAUUACAUUGGAAUAUGUGUGUGUUUUGAAGCAUAUAUUCUGUAAUCUAUGUAAUAUAUAUUUUU